CUGAAAAAUGUAUAAGCAUUAAGUUUCUUUUAUCAUUACAACUUUGAUUUUCAGUGACGAUUGUUAUUAAAAAAUUAACGAUGCCCAUAAUAAUUAACUUUUUAGUAAUUACUAUAGUAUUUUUAACAAUUUUUGUUAAAAUGGUCCCUGCUCCUGGAGAGGACGACGAAGAUGAAUAUUCAAAAAAUAUGAAUUUAGUAACUAAUGAAAAUUUCAACAAAUUUAAGGACCUGUAUACAAUUGAAAUCCGAGAAUUUUGUAUCAAACAAAAUAUACUAGGACAUGAUACAACGCCAGAUGAAGUAUCAGCUAAUGCUUUAUUAUAUUUAAAGUAUAGUUUUAAUGACUUUAGUCGAAUAAACUGGCUUUUAGAUAUUGGUUCAAACGUGUAUAUUAAUUUUUUGAUAUGGAGGAAAGAAAAUAAAGAUGAUUUAAAUUUAAAAGGAAGUUUAACACAAUUUAAAGACCUCACAAAUGAUGAAUUGAAAACAAUGUAUGAAAAUAUAACUUUUUCCUCCCUACCAAAUGAAAUCGAGGAACAAUUUUUUUUAGGGCAAUUCAAAUUUAUUUAUGAUAUUUCAAAUAUAAUCCAAGUAAUUAUGGGUAAAGGCCAAAUGUCAGCGGAAAAAAUAAUUGAAAACUUAAAAAAGGGUAAAGAAUCCAAGGAUAAAGAAACGAAUAGAUCAGUGUUCACAGUAAAAAAGGGUAAAGAAUCCACGGAUAAAGAAAAAAAUGGUAAAGAAUCCACGGAUAAAGUACCUUUUGAUACUUAUUCACCAUUCAAAGAAAGAUGGGAAUUUUUUGAUUUUAAUGAAGACAUAUUUAAACAGUACAACUCAAAUAAAGAUGCCACUAAAGAUAUUUGCACUGAUGGUGAAAUUAAUUAUAAGGACAAUGGAGAAACUAAAACUAUGAAAAUGUUUGACGCGUUUCUACAUUUUUUCAAAGAAAGUUUGGAUAACAAUUAUAACAUGACUCUUCACAUGGAUAUAAAUGGGCUAGAACAAUCACAACAGACUGCUUAUUAUGAGAAUGUAUUAAAGGGUAUGAAAAACAUCUACGAUGAGUAUUGUGUACAUUAUGGAAAACCAAAAAUUAACACCAUAACCGACCUUGUUCAAAAAAUGGUCGAUGUAGCUGAGCAAAUAAAACAAAAUUCAAAUAUCACCAUGGAACUGGACGUUGUAGCUAAGCAAAUACAAAAUAAUUCAAAUGUCAGCGGGAAAAAUGAUGGUUUUGAAGUUUCUAACCAUCGUUAUACAUCAUGUUAUCGUAUCAACGAAUGUGGCUUACCAGAUAAAGUUAACUUUCGAGAUAUUAUACAGUAUCUUAUUUUCCAAAUCGUUGCGUCAGUGAAACAUGUUCAUGAUGCUUACAUGGUACCAGCUAUAACAAAGCACAAUAGCGGAACUUUGCGAAGAAGACCAUGAUUUAAGAAGAAAUACAUAUUAAAUAAUCAAAUAUAAUUUGUUAUUUUGAUACUUCCUAAUAAUUAGUUUACUGCACAAUUUAUAUUUUUAGAUUUAUUAAUAUUUCACUUUCUGUAAGAUAUAAAUAUAUUAUUCAGUUAAUUAAUCUUUGAACCUACUAAAAAGUUUGCAUAAAAUAUAAAUGUUUACCUAAAAAU